GGGCUACUUUUGGCGACCAAUAACUUAACUCACACUAGCAGACUAGAGAAGCAUGGCGUCGCGAAAUCACGAUGAAGACGAUGGAGGCGUACGAAAGAAGCAGAAAAUCAUUAAAACCAUUCAUGACAAGAAACAGAAGAAGCGACUUAUUGUAGUCCUUGAAAAGGCCUCCCUAGAAACUAUCAAGUCACCAAAGGGGUAUGAGUUGAUGAACUGUGAUCAUCACAAGCAUCUGAUGAAGAAGCAUAAAAGGGAGCCAUCCGACUGCAGACCGGACAUUGUUCAUCAGUGUUUGCUGAUGCUGUUUGACAGUCCUCUCAAUCGAGCCGGUCUCCUUCAAGUCUUCGUCCACACACAGCGCAACGUUCUGAUUCAGAUCAGUCCUCAGACCAGGAUCCCAAGAACGUUUGACAGAUUCUGCGGUUUGAUGGUCCAACUCCUUCACAAGCUGAGCAUCCAUGCUGCAGACGGUCCUCAAAAACUCCUCAAGGUCGUCAAGAAUCCCAUUACUGACCACCUCCCUGUCGGCUGCCGCAAGAUAUGCAGUUCCUACAGCGCAGAGAAGUGCGUUAACCCCAGAGAGCUGGCAGAGUCAGAUGAGCCUGUUGUCAUAGUGAUUGGUGCAAUGGCUCAUGGAAAGGUGGAGCCGGACUACACUGAAGGAGAUGUAUCCAUCAGUCAGUACCCUCUGUCUGCUGCCCUCACAUGUGCCAAGAUCUGCUCGGGUUUCGAGGAAGCAUGGGAUAUUGAAAGUCUUGCAGGAACGUAAAACUCCCAUGGACGCCCAACCUAUGAGACUUUCUUACGCACCCGUACAAUAUUACUGACAAACGUGAAUUCAUAAGUUGAGAUCUGCCCUCAAGAGUGCCAAGAUCUCGUCUUGAUUUGAGGAAGUGUGGGAGGUUGGAACUUUAGCUUGAAAAUACAUCAUGCACAGAUGCCAAACAUUUUGAAGACUCCUCCUUUGUGUACCUUUUCAAUAUCAUCAACAACCAUAUAAUCCCACUUGUCUGCAGCCCUUGACCCGUCACUGCUGUUUGUCAUGGCAUCAAGGACAACCCAUUAUUCCAGUUUGCCGUCUCAUGCCCUCUCGUGCGCAGUCAUCUGCAUGGGGUCUGAGGAAUAUGCGAUGUGGAAGCUGUAGAUUCUGCACAGCUGUCAACAUUAGAAACUGUUAUAUACCAGUACUGUACUGUUCCCUUCAUUUAAGCUGAAUAUCAACCUGCCUACUGCCCUCUUGUGUGCAAUGAUCUACUAAAGGAUUGUUCACAUUAUGACAAUAAUUGCAGUAGCUGUUUUCCCCUCUAAAUGAAUGGCCAGGGGGGAUGGAAAAAGUUAGUUGCACACAACAAAGGUCCUUUACAUACCGGUACUCAUUUACCUCUGUUUUAGAAGAUGCAGAAAUGUGAAGUCCUCUAUGUUAAUUUUGCCCCAAUGGUUUACCGCUGCAUAUGUAAACAAGGUUUAAGAGUUUAGGGAAGAGCGGGUUAUAGAAAUCCUGGAAGGGUGUUGAUCUGUUUUGUAGACUUAUAAUUUCAGACUGUAUUUUUUUUUGGGGGGGGGGGGGGGGAUCAUGGACUAGUCAAAAUGGGCGAAAUUCAUUAUUUUGACACAGGAAUUCAAAGGUGUUGCUUUGAAAGAAAGCAAUUAAAAAAAAAAAAAGAUCAAGUAUGAAUGAAAGUUACAGAGAUGUCAAAUUUUGUGGUGGUGAACAAAAAAUCAAUAUCCUCAAGUGUAUAGGUUACACUGAUGAACCUUAUAUUUACUGCAAUUUAAAUACAAAUGAAACUGGUUACAUCUAAAUGAAUUGGAUGUCAACAUAUCGUUUUCUAUCUUCACAUUGUAACCAGGCAUCUGUAUAGAAAGAACAACUGACAGUGUAAUAAAACCUCUGAAACAUAUUUGUGCUUAAUUGCUGUUCUACAAGCAAAGGUCAUAUGAAUGAAUGAUGGUGAAUCUUGAAUAGAUUAUGAUAACUAGAUAACAACAAGUGAAUUUGAAAAUUGUCAAUCUCAUAAUGUAUAAUUCAAAUAUGGACCAAUCAAGCCAAUCUGCUUUUGCUCUUUUACUUUAUGUGUCCUACUAGGGAUUUAUUAUUAUUCAGCUCUCUCCUAAAUUACAUGUACACAAGUGUAAGGCAGGGUUCUGUUUUACCUUCUUCUAGAGAAUGUUCAAAAAAGCAUACAUGUAUAUUAAAUGAUAGCAAGUGCUUUUUAUACAUACAGUCAUUACUAAGUAUGUAUGGGUCAAA